UUGUACAGAUGCCUGGCUGCGACGAUGUGAGAAGUAGAAGUUUAAGGAGAGGAUGGAUGCCUUGAUGCCUUGUUGGAUCGUCCCGUCUCCCUGAGAUAUAGUGCAGUCUGCCUUUCCCAACAUACAAAGACACUGUGUAUCUCGAAGCUCCUCGCACGCUCAAAUAGUCGAUGAACUUUCUUUCAGACCUCUUCGUCAGGUGUUAAGUCUGUAGAUUGCAAUUUGGUGCUGAACAUUCUCAUACAGUCGGUAAUAUCAACACAAGCAGGCGUAGUAGACUUCUCCCAGCUCGACUAAGAAUGGAUGAUCCGAUGAGGAACGUGCCUCAGACGGACGUGAGAAUAGAUUUCUGUACUCUUGGCAUGUUUAUAAUUGAUGAAAUACACUUCCCACCACCCAAGCCAGCAGCGACGAACAUUAUUGGCGGCGCAGGUGCAUAUUCGGCAUUGGGCGCGCGAUUACUGUCACCGCCACCGCUAUCGAAUUCGGUUGGAUGGAUAAUUGAUUGCGGGUCUGACUUUCCGUCAGACCUUCGCAAGAAUAUUGCGCAAUGGUGCACUACGUGUCUCAUGCGCGAAACCCCCAAUAGACUGACUACGAGAGGAUGGAACGGAUAUGGCGAGAACGAACACAGAGCUUUUCGAUAUACCACACCAAAGCUACGGCUUGAUCAUGAGUCCCUGGACUACAAUCUAUUAAGAUCCAAGUCAUUCCAUCUCAUAUGCUCUCCUAAGAGAUGUGUCGAGAUGACGAAGGGUAUCAUCUGUCGCCGGAAUCAAAUGCCUCAUGCACAGCCUGGAGAUCCGCCGCUGUUCAUCUGGGAACCCGUGCCCGACCUUUGUAAGCCAGAGGAGCUUGAGAACUGUCUGGAAGCUUUGCAUGCUGUUGACAUAGUGAGCCCCAAUCACUCCGAACUCGGAGACUUUUUUGGAGUAUGCGCUAUAGACGGCGAUGAUGUGAGUAAGUCCUUUGUCAAACAGUGUGCUGAUUCCUGGCUUGCCUCUGGAAUCGGCAGAAAUGGGCUUGGUGCUGUUGUCGUGCGAGCCGGAAAGGACGGAUGCUAUGUUGCCACCAGGGAGAAAGCGUCAUGGAUGCCACCAUAUCACCGAAAUGCAGAUAAGGUCGUCGAUCCGACAGGUGGUGGAAAUGGUUUCCUUGGAGGCUUGGCCAUUGGACUUGUCCGCAGCCAGGAGGAAGAUUGGGUUUCAAAGGUCGAAGAUGGAGCUUGCUGGGGAUCAGUGGCUGCAAGUUUUGCAAUUGAGCAAAUUGGUAUGCCAACGCUCGAAAGUAGAGAUGACGGAGAACUGUGGAACGGACAGAGCGUUUUCCAACGACUUUCGGAAUACAAAGAGGGGCUGGAGCAGUAUGUACAGCCUUGAGUGCUAACCAGCACACAACCCAAGGUCCAAACAAUAGGUUUUACUUCUAGUUUUCCUCACAUGCUCAAUUGAUGUCCCAAUGGGCCGAGAGCGCGCUCCUUAGGCCUUUGACCUUGCUUCUGCUUCUCUGAUCUCCCUACUCCACCAUCUGCUGGGAUAGAAUCUGUCGGACCUAGGCAUUUUUCCGUAACGCUCUUCUCGGCUCGCACUGACCGACAACGCCACUCCGCAGAGUCCGAUGAUUACAGCUCCCAUGAUAGCUGUGUUGGCCUUCCAAUUUGCGGGCCUCG